AUGGCCUUCACUCCUUCUUCAUCACUUAAAGGGAAGUCUGGAGGUUGUUUUUCCAUACUACUCUUUCUACAGUUUGUUAUUUAUUCAAUAAGCCUUAUUGUUGCAGGUCAAGAAGCAACAAGUUGUACAUUUAAAGAUACCUAUAUGGAAAAAUCUUAUCCUUUAAGUAGGGAGAUGCCAGUCAGAUAUGAUUUUAAUAGUUUAAAGUUUUCUCUCCUUUUUUCACUUCCCGACAAUUCAAUGCUGAAAGGAAACAUAUCACUGAAUCAGAUUUCCUUAAAAUCAAAGUGUACACUUCCUAUCCUCCCUAAACCCUUCCGUGAAAUAGCUUUCUAUUCAUUAAACUUGACUCAGAUCGAUCUCAAUCAGAAUUCUUUAAGCUUGGAAAUUGGUGUGGAGUCACAUGUUCCCACCUUCUUCAACUUGGAUCCGUAUUCGUAUUGGAUAGCUCUCUAUAAUGCACAAGAUAAUUCAUGUAAAUAUCCUGGGACUUUUUCACAGAAAGGAACUCGUUUCACAACCACUAUUGAUCUUUAUGACUCCUUCAUAUUUGGAGUAUUUGUAUUUAAAGACGUACAAAACGUUAAGUUUGAUAGAUCUGUUUCGAUACACUACCCAAGAAGCAUUUCUUUUAUGUGUACCAACAAUAUCAAAUCUGUAUUAUAUACCUUCCCAAAGGCUGCUUACGUUGCGCCAACCUUAUCUCCCUUUAUAUCUGUUGGUAGAUACUAUGUAUCAUAUAGCGACAUACCAGAGGGCUAUUACAUUUUAGCAAGAUUCCAAGUUUCAUUAUUCAACCAACCUCUGAAUUUGACAGAAGCAACAAUUGAUAUUGGAUUCAAUAGAGCGAAAUAUGAUUUCGAUAUAAGCAACAACUUAAUUGAGAUGUCGUUUGAGUCACUUACAUGCAUGUUCCUUAUAGAAGGAAAGAUUCACCAACUUGAAUCACGAUUUAAUGAUGAAACAACCUCCUUGACAUGUCUAUUCAAUCAAGAAUACAAUGUCGAUCAUGACAUGUUUAUAGCAGUCAAGUCAGCCUACAUUCCUACUAUUUCCUCUUCAAUGAUUCCAGCCUUAUUAGAAGGAAACACUGCUGAAAGGAUUAACUUAUCUAAAGGUGGAUCAAAGGCUUUCAAAAUACUUAUUCCAAGAGGAUACAGGCUAUUGAUACAAGUUAAUUUUCCUGACACAACAUUACUAACAGAUGGAUUGCCAAUUUAUCUUGCAACAGAUACUAUUCCAAGUAACCAACAUUAUUCUAAAGUGUUUGUGUCUUCUGGUUACUAUAACAAUGAUGAACUUAGAUCAAUAUGGUGCUAUAUUCUUGUAGAAAAUCCCCAGUAUGAUACCUGUAUUAUAACACUCACUCCAUCUUUGGAGUUUGCUGACGCCAUGCCAUUUGUUAACAGUAAUACUUUAACUAUUUUAUUUGCUGUUUUGAGUGGGGUGUUGUGUUCCACUCUUAUUCCAUUGUUAUGUGCGCUCUUUAUAAUUAUUAGAAGAAAUGAAAGAAUGAAACUCCAAAUGCACAUUGAAGAAAAUCUAUCUGGAUAUGGAUGCUCUCGUCCUUAA